AUCUUUGGAGUCUGAAGCGGCAGGACCAAAGCUGCCGUCACGCUGAAGCGCCACAGGUAGCCUCGUUCAGGACGGACCCUUCUGGCAUUUGACCAUUUAGCAGUGGAAUACCGGAAACGCGCAAAUCUGGGUUUGAAACUAUGAGCUCGGUCGCAGUGUUAACACCUGAGAUCUUCGCUGAGCACCGCAGUGGCUUGAGGGAUGAAGAAACCCGAGGUGGUGUUUCAGAGGAUGAGGCCUAUAUCCCCACUUACCUGGAGGCUUUCCCUCCGCUCCCGGAAAAGGGAGGCCCGGGAGAAAAGUCCAGUGAGCUGACGGGAGUAUGGAACAAAAUCCGGCCUAUCAAAUCCUCUGUCAUCACCCAGGUGUUUCACGUCCCCCUGGAAGAGCGACGCUAUAAGGACAACAGCCAGUUUGGAGAAGGUGAUGAGGCCAAGGUUUGUGUGGACAUCAUGCAGAAGACGGGGGCUCACAUUGAGCUCUCCUUGGCCAAAGACCAGGGCCUUUCCAUCAUGGUGACCGGCAAACUGGACUCCGUCAUGAAAGCUCGGAAAGAAAUAGUCGCUCGGCUUCAGACCCAGGCUUCAGCUACUGUCACAAUCCCUAAAGAACACCAUCGCUUUGUGAUUGGCAAGAACGGCGAGAAACUGCAGGAGCUUGAGUUGAAGACGGCCACCAAGAUCAACAUCCCGAGGCCUGAGGAUCCUAGCAACCAGAUUAAGAUCACAGGCACCAAGGAAGGCAUUGAGAAAGCUCGACAUGAGAUUUUGCUCAUCUCAGCUGAGCAGGAUAAGCGUGCAGUGGAGCGUUUGAAUCUGGAGAAGGCCUUCCACCCCUUCAUCGCUGGCGCCUUCAACAAAGUUGUCCAGGAGAUCAUGCAGGAGACGGGGGCCCGCAUCAACAUCCCACCGCCUAGUGUCAACAAAGAUGAGAUCAUCAUCACCGGUGAGAAGGAGCCAGUCUCUCAAGCCCUCCUCCGGAUUCGCAAGAUCUAUGAAGAUAAGAAGCGCAAGACCACCACGAUCUCAGUAGAGGUGAAGAAAUCCCAGCACAAAUACAUCAUUGGCCCCAAGGGCAACACCCUGCAGGAGAUUUUGGAUGCCACCGGGGUUUCGGUGGAGAUGCCGCCCCUGGAAAGCAGCUCAGAGACCAUCAUCCUCCGGGGGGAGCCCGACAAGCUGGGCCCGGCUUUGACCCAAGUCUAUGCCAAGGCGAAGAGUGUGAUGGUAGCUGAAGUAAUGGCCCCAGCUUGGUUGCAUCGUUUUAUAAUCGGAAAGAAAGGACAGAACAUUGGCAGGAUCACCCAGCAGCUUCCAAAGGUUCACAUUGAAUUCACGGACGGCGAUGAGAAGAUCACACUGGAAGGACCCACUGAAGAGGUGGAGUUGGCUCAGGCACAGAUACAGGAAAUCAUCCGGGAUCUGCUCAGUCGCAUGGACUACACCGAAGUCCUCAUCGACCAGCGGUUCCACCGUCACCUGAUAGGGAAGAACGGAGCCAACAUUAACCGCAUCAAGGAACAGCACAAAGUCUCUGUCCGCAUCCCCCCCGACAAUGAGAAGAGCAAUCUGAUCCGGAUUGAGGGGGACCCCCAGGGGGUUCAGUUGGCCCGCAAGGAGCUGCUGGAGAUGGCUGCCCGUAUGGAAAACGAACGCACAAAGGACCUGAUCAUUGAACAGCGCUUCCACCGAACGAUCAUUGGACAGAAAGGCGAGAAAAUCAAGGAGAUCCGUGACAAGUUCCCAGAGGUCAUCAUCAACUUCCCCGACCCCUCCCAGAAGAGCGACAUUGUGCAGUUGCGCGGGCCCAAAAACGAGGUGGAGAAGUGUGCCAAGUAUCUCCAGAAAGUCAUUGCAGAGCUGAUCGAAAACAGCUUUUCCAUCCCGGUUCCUAUCUUCAAGCAGUUCCACAAGAACAUUAUCGGGAAAGGAGGCGCUAACAUCAAAAAGAUUCGAGAGGAAACCAAUACCAAGAUUGACCUCCCCACAGAAAACAGCAACUCAGAGGUGAUCCUGAUCACAGGGAAGAAAGCCAACUGCGAGGGCGCCCGGGACCGCAUCCUGGCCAUCCAGAGGGAGCUGGCGAACAUCAAAGAAAUGGAUGUGUCUAUACCAGCCAGACUGCACAAUUCGUUGAUCGGGGCGAAGGGGCGGCUAGUGCGCUCCAUCAUGGAGGAAUGUGGCGGGGUGCACAUCCAUUUUCCUUCCGAGGGCUCAGGCAGCGACAAGGUCACCAUCCGAGGACCCGGCGAAGAGGUGGAGAAAGCAAAACGCCAGCUUUUGCAGCUAGCGGAAGAGAAGCAAAUCCACAACCACUCCAUGGAGCUGCACGCCAAGCCUGAGUAUCACAAGUUCCUGAUUGGCCGCGGAGGCGCCAACAUUCGCAAAGUGAGGGAUCGAACCGGGGCCCGCAUCAUCUUCCCCACUCCCGAAGACAAGGACCAGGAGCUCAUCACCAUCAUGGGGAAGGAGGAUGCGGUGCGACAAGCCCAGGAAGACCUGGAGAACCUUAUCCGGAAUCUGGAUAAUGUUGUGGAAGAUUGGAUGGUGGUGGACCCCAAAUACCACCGCCACUUUGUUGCACGGCGGGGCCAUGUGCUGCGGGAGAUUGCAGAAGAAUAUGGUGGUGUCACAGUGAGCUUCCCUCGCACUGGUGUCCAGAGUGAUCGUGUGACGCUCAAGGGCGCCAAGGACUGCGUGGAGGCUGCCAAGAAGCGCAUCUUGGAGAUCAUCAGUGACCUAGAGGCCCAAGUGGUUCUCGAGUGUGUCAUCCCGCAGCGCUUCCACCGUGUGGUCAUGGGGGCCAAGGGCUACAAGGUACAACAGAUAACCCGGGACCACGACGUACUGAUCAAGUUCCCGGAGCGAGAUGAUAAUUCAGGUGCGUCUUGGCCACGGGGCCAGGAGACCCCCAGGGUUCAGGAGUCAGAGUUCAGGCAGCAAGCUGGUCUUCUGCAUCUUUCCUUUUGGCCAGGUUCAGAAGCACAGUCUCAGGAAAACGGCGAUGUCAGCCCCGAGCCAGACCAGGCCCCCCGCAAAUGUGACAUCAUCCUCAUCUCGGGUCGCAAGGAGAAAUGUGAGAGUGCACGGGCCGCUCUGCUGGCCCUGGUCCCCAUCACCGUGGAUGUUGAAGUCCCCUUCGACUUACACCGCUACAUCAUUGGGCAGAAGGGAGCUGGUAUUCGCAAGAUGAUGGAGGAGUAUGAGGUGAAUAUCUCUGUACCACAGCCGGAGCAUCAGUCGGAUGUCAUCAAGAUCACAGGCCUGGCCCCAAAUGUAGAGCGAGCCAAGGCUGGCCUCUUGGAGCGGGUCAAAGAGCUGCAAGCCGAACAGGAAGAUCGGGCAUUGCGAGGCUUCAAGCUGACAGUCAGCGUGGAUCCCAAAUACCAUCCAAAAAUCAUAGGGAAGAAGGGAGCGGUCAUUUCCCAGAUCCGGAAGGACCAUGAUGUCACCAUCCAGUUUCCAGACAAAGGGGAUGAGAAUCAGGAUCUCAUCACCAUCACUGGGUAUGAGAAGAACACUGAGGGGGCCCGGGACGCCAUCUUGAAGAUCGUGGCGGACCUUGAGGAGAUGGUCAGCGAGGACGUCCGCUUGGACCACCGUGUCCACGCCCGUAUCAUUGGCGGGAGGGGCAAGGCCAUCCGCAAACUCAUGGAAGAGUUUCGGGUGGACAUCCGCUUCCCUCAGCCAGGCUCCAGUGACCCGGACAGAGUCACGGUGACGGGGCUGCCCGAGAACGUGGACGACGCCAUCGACCACAUGCUUAACCUGGAAGAGGAAUAUAUGAUGGAUGUGGUGGAGACGGAAACUAUGGCUGCAUAUAUGAAGCCCCCCUCUCGCUUGGAAGAGGAGCCUCGUGGCCCCGCCAAGGGCUUUGUGGUGCGCGAUGCACCCUGGAAUGCAUCUGGGAACAAGGCUCCGGAUGUGAGCAGCGCCGAAGAGUUCCCCGUGUUUGGCACCGGCGUCGUUCCCAAGCAGACGUCCGUCUGGGGGCCCAAGAAGUUCUGAGCUCUGGACAGAGGCAGGCGAUGGAAGGCACUUGCCACUCAGGCGUAGCUCCCGGGCCUGAGGUGGACCUCUUGCCGGCUCUGCUGGAGCCAUUUUUCUCCCUGCUGAUCUCCUCUUGCUGCCGCAGACGAUUGGGCAGUUCCCUUCUUCCUCUUUUCCACACUCUUUUCUUUCUCUGUGACUCUGUGCAAUCCAUUACUUGAUCAAAAGCCAUAGUCUGCACCCCUCAUUUCCCUUUUUCUUGUUGAGCCAAAGCAGGCCAGGUUGUAAGCACACAGAUAUAGACAUGCCUCUCACGUGGCUAGCUCCCCCCCCCCCAAUUCCUCUCCCUCUACCCUCUGUGCCGGAUUUUCAGGGCAUUAACGUCUCCUGGCCCAGUGAGGCCCUUAACGCACCCCGCUCCCACCUCUCGGCUAAAGAAAGCAGUAAGCAAAGACCUUUCUUCUCUCCGGACUCCCUCUUCCUGGAUGUGGGGUGGUUCCCUGUUUUCGCACACACCCAGAACCACCCCAGGAGGAGGGGGAACGCCCCAAAUGCACAGAAACCUGAGGAGGGGCACAUUUCUUCUGCUGCUACUCCCGACCGACCGUACCCCCUUCCCUUCCCUCGGGGCUCGGAAAAAGCCAGCUGUCUCUUGCCUUCUUGGGCCGCAGUUUCUCCAAGCUCCCCUCCCCAGGCAGUAACCCAUGAUUUUGGAGCUGCGCCAGGACUAGCGCUGGGGGGAACCCUGUAUCAUCUGCUUUUUUUUUCUUAUUGGGGAAGAAUAGAAAUGGGAUUUCUGGUUCCCAGUGGCUGGCUGGUGGGGGGAAAAAAGUUUUUGAGAAGCAGGUAGCACUUAGAAACUUUGACAACUGGCAGGCUUUUUUGCCUGCUCUCUUUCCCUUUUCCAACUCCAUGGCACAGUAGAGAGUCUGUGACUGUUGGUUUAUUUCCUCCAAGCCCUUCCUUGUAUUUUUUUUUUAAUUCUUCCCUUUUCCCUUCCUCAUGUCUUCCUCCGCAUUGCACUUGCUUUGAAACACUAGGGGAAAAUAUGCAACAUUGAACAAAGAGACACUUUUUUUUCCUUU